GACCGGUCCUACGGGCAGUCCACGCUCAGUCAACACCGGUACUCCAUUCGAGUACGUUCGACUGUUUGCGACGCUCACUUGCACCCAAACGAACGAAUCCUUCGUCUCUUGUGUGUAUUUUCCCUUCUCUCUCUCUCUCUCUCCUCCUUUCUCUCUCUCUCAUUCUUUAUCUCUCUUUCUCUCUCGCCCAUACGCCUAUGCCGUAUGUCGUAAUCUCGUAAUUACCGUGACGCAAUUUCCAAGGAAUGGAUUAUAACAAUACAACAAGGGGAAUGUAAGAAUUUAUCGGAUAUUGAAUGAACGUGAGGAGGAGAACUGUCAGCGAGCGCGAUACCCGCUCGCGAGUGAGUGAAGUUCGACGGAAAAUCGAAUAUUUUGUGCAAAGUUCCGUAAAACGACACGUCGAAAGGUAAUAUAAAUAAUAAGGGAUAAGGUCGAUUAAAAAACAGUGAGGGCAAACAUGUUAAACUCUCAUCAACAACAUCCCGGUUAUGGAUUCCUUUCCGGUAUGGAUCUGCACACGGUCCACCACGUGGGCCAGGACAUGAACGUGGCCAAUCAACCGAUAGCGGCGUCGCAGGAGCAGCACAUCAAGCGGCCGAUGAACGCGUUCAUGGUGUGGUCGAGGAUACAGAGGAAGAAGAUAGCCCUGGAAAAUCCUAAGAUGCACAAUUCCGAGAUAUCGAAGCGGCUGGGCGCCGAGUGGAAACUUUUAUCCGACACGGAGAAGAGACCGUUCAUCGACGAGGCGAAACGUCUCCGCGCCAUGCACAUGAAGGAGCACCCGGACUACAAGUACCGUCCACGAAGGAAGCCGAAGGUGCCCGUUUCGGUGGUUCCAGGCGCCAAGACCACUUCCAUGAGCCCGGCCGGCUUCCCCAGUUUCCCUCUGCCGCCAUAUUUCGCCGCACCUGCCGCCCCGGUGUCUCAUCAUCAUCAUCACCCUCACCCCCUCGAUUAUCCGCCUCUGCCGUCGUACUUUGGCUCCGCCUUCGAUGCCGUCCACCUGAGCAAGCUGGUGGCCGGUGGCGGUGGAACGGGGUCCACGUCGAGCAGCGCGGCCGCCGCGGCCGCCGCGGCGGCAGCGGACGCGGCCAACAACAACGCCGCUUCCGCCGCUGCCGUGGUCAACAGCUUCUACUCGGGCUUCUACUCGACGCCUACCACAGCAGGUAAAGCGUACCCGUCAACGGCCUCCCAUCUCGGCCCGCUCUUCCCCCCUGGACACCACACCAUGGCCGCAAACACGCCUCACCCACCCCUCAUGUUCUCGUCGUCGACGACCGGGUCGGGCAGCGGGGUGACGACCACCAGCAGCCCGGGAAGCAGCCCGAGAUCCACUCCAUCGUCCCAACAAGUCUCCACGGCAACGUCGUCGACCACGCUGGAUCUCGAGCAACUACGUCGCCCGGUCUCCGUAAUAUUCUAGAUCACCCGCCUUGUUACAGAUUCCAAAGAACGUUGAUCGUGAACGAAUGAUCCAAGUUUCGUGUUCGUGAAACGAAAUUGGAAGAUGAUCGUGGUGAACGAAUAGGUAGAAGGGAGGGGGGAAAGGAGAAUUCAGACUUGACUCGAGUAUAUAUAUAUAUAUACGAGAUUCGGAAAUCGAGCAUUCCAACGAGCAGAUUUAGUUUUUAAUAUAAUAUAUCGAUAUUUUAAAUAUCGUAAACGUGUAGUAUCUUGUCGAAGUAUGCUCUUCUCGUCGUUUCUUCGGCAGAAUCGUGGACGUUGAUAGUGCGUUCGACGACAGUCGAGAAACGACCAUCAUCGUGUAUGGUGUGUAUCGGCGUGCGGGGAUCUGACGAACGGGGAAAAUCCUGUGGGAAUUUUUUUUUUUCGUUCACUUCGACGAAAUUAGCUAUGCCGCCAAGUGGGGAGGGGGGACAUGGUGAUUUUCAAGGCCGAUUCAUGGAUCGAUCGAGGUUGUCGUGAAAGGUUUGCCGGCAACCACGCGGAUAAUUGAAUUAGCAUAUUAAUGCCCUGGAACAAAAGAGCCAUUUAGAGCCUGGUUUCGUUUUUGUUUUAUUAUGUUCAUUGUGCGCUACGAUGUUCCGUGAAUAGAUCCUCCUCCCUCAUGGUGAUAAUCUGUAUUGUUUCCAAAUAAUGUUUUCUAAUUACGGAUGUGCCUUUUAUAUGAUUUUUCUCGAAAAAACAAGGACACGAGCGAUAAAAUUCUGUUCAUUUUCGCAUGUAUCGAUAUUUAUAAAUUUAUCCUUAUCUGAGCUCAAAAAAAAAAGCUAGAAGCUCUUAAAUUGAAUAAUAAAAUUAAAUUUCUCCAGUUUCGUGGUAGCAUGAUUUUGAGAAUGCGUUCCUGGAUCAUAGAAUUGAUUUCUAUGUGAUAAGGAUAAAAUCGAAACUGGAAACACUUUAUUGCACCCGUAUUAACGUGUUCGAGGAUCUGUUUCAUUUUUAUCUGGAACCGUACGAGCUACUUAUCUCUUCUUACUCUAUCUCGAUUUCAAACAACUCGGCUCGCUCUGAACGAAAAAUCCCUUUGUCCGAUGAUUUGCACUCCGAUGCAGACCCCGUUGCCUUUCGAGCAUCGUUAUCGUUCGUAAUGUAUCAUUUUUACGAAUGUAAAUAGUUCGUAACGAUAGACGAUUCGCGUAUUCGUUAAGGAACGAGCCGAACUUUAGCUCUGUAGCUUCUAGAAACUAGUUUUUUGUCGGGCAACGAUGGCUUAUAUCAUAUUUCAACGUUAUUUGUAAAGUGAGUUUCCUCGACCGUUCUCGACUCGACCACUCGAAAAUUUAAGAAAUUCUUUCGUGAAUAAAUGUGUUUUAGAAGAAUACUUGUUGAACAUUCGUUGAUUCGACGAAAUUCGCGAGCAGCAAAGGAUUAUGUUGUGCAUUUCGUCCAGGGCAUAGAUUUAAUUUAGAAAAUUAAGAAAAAAGGUUAAAUCGAAUUUACGUUUUACGUAUAAAGAGAAUGUACGACGAUGACGAAUAGAAAAUGGUUCGAGAAAUUGAUUUAUUAAUUGAGGACGCUAAUACGCGUUAACAAUAAACGAUCAAACCUCAACGAUUUAUAUUAUUUAAUUGCAUAUAAUUUAUUGUAUAAUUAAAUUGUAUAUUUAUAUCUAAAAAAAAAAGUGAUGGAAAAUUUUUUAAAAAUAUACAUAUGGUUAAAAAAAAAUUUCUUGAAUUGUUUUACGUUCGUUGUUUGUUAUUAUUUUAUUAAGCUCUUCUCGAAAGCUUCUUUUUCUUUUUCGCUUUUUUAAAAAUAAAUUGGAUCAAUUGUUAACUGUGAUUUUGUUAGGCCGAAAUAAUCGCAUUUCACCAAAUUUCUUCGCGGUUUCAUCGUUUGAGUCGAAAAUUAACAUUACACAUUGUACGUGUUUUCUUUCUGUUUAAAAAAAAAAAAAAGAAAAAGGAAAAAAAAGAAAAAUUACGAAUAUCACAAGUAAAAUCACAAAAAAGAUUAUAUUUUUUAUGUAUAUUAUGCCCUUGAAAAAGGCAUUCGAUAUUGUUGCAUCGUGAAUAGAAUCGUGUUUGAUAUAUUUAUUUGUAUUGCUGCUUUUAUUUAAUUUUUAUCGCGCUAUUAUAUUGCAUUAUUAUUGUCUUCCCUUUUUUUCUCUUUGAUUUUUUAUUUUCAUUUCUAUUUCUAUUUCUAUUCUUUUUUUUUUUUUUUCAAUUGCCUUGUAAUCUAAUUUAUACGCAGCAUGUAAAUGAAGCAUGUACUAUAUAAAGUAUAUUAUUAUUAUUAUGUAUAAAUGUUAUUCAGAUAAUUAUUAUAAAAGACGCUAUAAAAGGAACGAAAACCAAAAAAAGGAUGAAAGAAACAUAAGAUUGUCAACGUGGUCAUGAUAAAAUAAGUUAUACAUAUACAUUGUAUACAUAUGUAUGUGAGCAUGAAUGUGUUUAAGCCAGAUACAAUUAGUAUUCCAUUAUGAAUGAAUUGUUAUUACUUGUUUGUAUCACGAUCGUGUGUAACGUGUCCAUUCGACGCGAACGAUGUUUGUUGAACGAUCGAUCGAAAUUUCACGUGAGCGGAUUUCAUUCUAAAAAAAAAAUGAGAGAGAGGGAGAGAGAGACAGAGCGCACGAGCGAGAGAGAGAGAGAGAGAAAGAGAGAUUAGUCGUGAUCUAAUGAACAGAGAAAAUUUAUCACAGAAAACGACCGAUGAGUUGUCGAAAUAAAAAAAAAAAACAACGUAUCUUGUCAUAUAUGUGCAAAUAUUUAUUAUUAUCAACGAAUCGAAGUAAUAAAUGACUCUAUCAAUUUCACUAA